UCAUUUCCUGACUCACUUUCAAAUUUCAAAUCAAAUUUGUUUGGAUAAAUAUUCUUAGUGUGAAGGACAUAAAGUGAAUAUAAAAUUAUAAAAACAAGUCAAUUAAAGCAGUAAAAUGAAAAAGUUAGAGCAAUUAAUAUUGCCGGUUGUGCUGUUAUCGGUCCUUACAAUCAAAACUGGCAAUGGAUUAGAUUGCUAUACUUGUGACUCAACUGUGAAUCCAGAUUGUCUCGACGUCAAGGACAGUAAGACAUUGGAUCCAGUGACAUGUCGACCAUCUGUUAUUGGAGAUGGAGUUGGGAUCUGGCUUAAAGAAAUAAUUAAAAUAGACUUCUUCGAUGCUGGAGAAGUCUCUGUACCAAUGCUCUGCCAAAAGAUUGUAGCCACAAAUGAACAAGGGGACAAACAUACUUUCCGUGGAUGCCAACUUGACGGAGGGAAAACAAAUGUUUGCGACACGAUUACAAACAAAGCUGCGAAAACUAAAAUCAAAAUAACAGAAUGCAUUACUUGCAAAGAAGAUAAGUGUAACAAAACCACAUCUCUUCAUCAUGUCAAUCCUUUGCUGUUUCUCGUUCCAUUAGUCCUUAUAACAAAUUUCAUUCGAAAUUUCUUCAAAUAAAAUAAUCUCUCAACGUUCCAUUCAUCUAUCAUUCUUCAAGCUAUAAAGUCAAUUUAAAAAUUUAUUUCGAAAAUUAAAUUAAAAGUCUAUUGAAUGACAAAAAAAUUAAGUUUUAUGUUGAAAUCAAAGCAAUAACAAGUCUUUAUCUUUCACUAAUAUCUAAAUUGAUUUGUGAAGAAAUAGAAAGAAAUAAAAGCUUUCUAAUGGUCAAUUGAAAUGACUAAUGCAAUAUAUAAUUUUCAAUUCUAAAGCUAGCUUUUUUCACUGGUUCACGCCAUGAUUGCCUUGGUUACUUUAUUCACUGUAGAAGCAGAGCAAAGGGAAAUAAAAAAUAGGAAACAACGCCAUAAAACGUGAGAUUCUAUUUCUUAUGUGUUGCUUUACUCAAGAUAAAAGCUUUCAAGUGGAACACCCACAUGAUGUCAUGAGCUUUAUUAGCAAAGCUUUUGAAAUUUUUGUAAGUAAAGCUCUACUUAUAAAUAUGUUUAUGAUGAGCAGAAUUUCAAGUGUCUCCAAAGAACAGACGAAAAUUGUUUAGUAAAAAAUUAAAUAUAACUCAUUAAAGAAGAAAUGCAAUAGAUAACUUUUAUGAAAAAUUAUUAGAGGGAUAGAAAGAAAAAUAAUUAUUGAAUUGUCAUCUUAUAAAAGCACAUCAAAAUUUCUAAUUAAGAUUAUAUAGAAAAACUUUGUUAAGUUACUUGUUAUAAUGUUUGAAAUUCAUUGAAUAAACAAUACUAAUAGAUAAAAACAUG